CCCACACCUCAAAUGUCCAUUUGCGUUUUGCACAAAUUGCAGCUCGAGCACAGACUGCAAAGAUCCCAACGAAAACAACAAUGGCGAUGAAAAAUUUAGCUUGUAACAAAUUUCACAUUCUCCAGCGUAUCUUUGCAAAUUCUCAUACAUUCAAACCCCUGCUCCCCCAAUCCCGCUUCAUAUUUCAGAGUUCCUGUGAUGCUUUACAGUUAUGCACACAUAUGCAAGAAUAUUGGUAGGGGCGUGCCUGUUGUUGUUGGGAAGUUGUUACAUAAUGAAAUGCAAACAUAUAGUCUUAGUGGUGUUGUCUGGAUCCAUUCGGGUCGGGUCAUGAGGAGCUUGGAGCCUGUGGUAGAGCAACGUGGGAAAAGCGGUGGUGCGGAUAAUGGGUCGGGUCAAGCUGAGGUUAAGAAAAGGAAGAAACUGAAGGGGAAGAGGGAAGUGGUGAGGUGGCUGAAGUUUUUCAGGUAUAAGAAGAAGAAAGAUUACGAGAGGAUGACGCCCGAAGAAAAAAUCCUCUAUAAAUUGAAUAAGGCCCGGAAGAAAGAGGAGAGACUACUCGAAGCCCUUCAGAAAAUCGAGCCGAAAGAUUCUUCAGAAACCACCCACGAUCCAGAAAUACUGACACCUGAAGAGCACUUCUACUUUCUAAAGAUGGGUGAAAAGUGCAAGAAUUAUGUGCCCAUUGGGAGACGGGGAAUUUAUCAAGGGGUUAUACUGAACAUGCACUUGCAUUGGAAAAAGCACCAAACUUUGCAAGUCAUAGUAAAGACAUUCUCGCCUGAAGAAGUGAAGGGUAUUGCCUCGGAGCUCGCGAGGCUGAGUGGUGGGAUUGUGCUCGAUAUUCAGGAAGAUAACACGAUUAUCAUGUACAGAGGGAAAAACUACUCUCAGCCUCCUACAGAAAUAAUGUCUCCUCGGACAACUCUCUCGAGAAAGAAGGCUCUGGAUAAAUCCAAGUAUAGAGAUGCUUUGAGAGCUCUCAAAAAAUAUAUUCCAAGACUCGAGCAGGACCUCGCUCUAAUUCAAGCUCAAGCUGCACGUAAAAGCAUCACGAGUGAAGAAAAUCAAUCUCUCAAUGCAAGUAAUAAUGCUGAGUCCAACCAAAUUAUCGAGGAAGCUUCGAAUCAAGAUUUCGAGGGAUCUAAGAGACUGAAAGAACUAUUGGCAAAAACUUAUGUGAAUGCCGAUCACGAUUCGGAUGUGGAUUCUGAUUUGGGUUCGGAUUCUGAAGCCCUUUCGGAUAUUUUCGAGACGGAGUCAGAAAACGAGAGUGAGGUGAAAGAAGAAGAAAAAACACUUUACAUGGACCAGUUUGAAAAGAUUCUAGCGGAUAGUGAAAAGGAGGAGGAAGAUGAUUUUGGAGAACACUUGCGCAAGAUAUCGGCUGAUUCGAGAAGGGAGAAAGGUGAUGAAUAUAAUGAUGAUAAGGAUGAAGAGAUGGCUGAUCUUGAUGAGGUUGAUAAGAUGAUUGUAAGAGCAGCUUCACUCUUGAAGAAGAAGAGGAGAUGAUAUUUAUUGCUCAGCAAAAUUCAUUUUCAUAAUCAGGUUUGCAGCAAGCAGGUGAAAAUUCCCCCUUAAAAGUGUACACUAAUUUGGAAGUGUACUCAUUUGAUAUGAAUGAGUGUUGUGACAGAUUUUAGAAACCUUGUGUAGAUGGGGCUCAUGUUAUCAUUAUUAUUAUUAUUAUUA